AUGUCUUCUGCAGUCUUACCGUCUCGAGAACGAUGCAUCCAUAUCACUGACAACAUCCAACAAUGUCAGUGUCCAUGGUUCGCGUCGCCUCCGUUAGACCCGUAUGUCUGUGGCCAGUGCGGACACGGUAUUCACGCCCAUGUCGACUACGUUUCGAUGGUCGUGAAUCAUUAUCCCCCGACUCAGUGUGCUGCGUAUGUCCAAAAGACACCUCUUGCGCAACGUUGCACGUGUGAAGCUCAGCUUUGCGAUCACAUCGUUGCCGAUAACGCAUAUCGUAUUGAGGAGCCGUGGAACGUGUUGGACAAUUUCCCGGGAAAUAAUGACGCUUCUCAUAGUGUCGACGCAAUCAGCUUUUCCAACGACGUCGUCAACAAUAUAGCCGCACAGUUCGUCAACUCUGAUACCGACAGCCUUUCUCACGACGCGAACCUCACCCCGAUCACUGCUGCACCUACUUUCCCCCUCAGUCCUCGCCAUGCAUUUAGCCCUUACAAUGAUGACGACGACAUACCACUCGCUCCACACAUGCCCUCAGGCUCUCCUUCGGCCAGCCACACCUUAUCCGGUAUUCAAUCGGAUGUCACUAGGCCCAAGGUUAUACCUCAGACCGUUACUUUGUUCGAUACCCGGACCAUUCCAUGGACAAUCCCUACACUCGUCGGCCAGACGGCAGUGCGACGGGCGAGAGUUUCCAGUAUCAGUAUUGUUCGCUAA